AGACAGCUUGUCCGUGGGCUUUCGACAAUUUAAGCGGCGGCAGGAUCAAAGGUCAUGGCAACGCCGCCGGACUCGCCGGGACCGGAAGAGGCGUUCUUCGACUUCGAGAGCACGAGGGCGAGGCAACAGACCACCAGACCGGUACCUAUAGAGGAACUUCUGCGACAGACAAAGUUCUCUCGCCAGGAGAUCCGAGUCAUGUACCGAGGCUUCAAGCAGGAGUGUCCCGAGGGAGUAGUGCACGAGGACUCAUUCAAGGACAUUUACGCGAAAUUCUUCCCGCACGGCAACUCCAGUCUCUACGCCCACUACGUGUUCAAGGCCUUCGACGUUAAUUGCAACGGGGCCAUCAGCUUCAGGGACCUUCUCGUAACGCUGUCGACCCUACUGCGGGGUAGCAUUUAUGAGAAACUGAGGUGGACCUUCAAGCUGUACGACAUAAAUGGCGAUGGUUGCAUCACCAGGGGCGAAUUGGGCGAAGUCGUGACAGCAGUUCACGAGCUCAUGGGCAGGCGGCAUCACGCCGAAGAGGAAAGGAAAGCGAGAGAACAGUUGGACAGGGUCUUCAAGAAACUCGAUCUCAACCAGGACGGUGUUAUCACGAUCGAGGAGUUUAUCGAGAGUUGUUUGAAGGACGAUGUGAUCACACGGUCGCUGGCAAUGUUCGACUGCGCGCUUUGAUCUCCGGCUAAAGACGAGCCUUCAGCAGCGGUCACCGCGACGCCGCCGACGCCGCUCUCGACGACAACGUUCUCACAAUCCCUAUCCCCGUCGCCGCCGCCGCCGUCCUAUUCCCUGCUGCCGCCUAUCCCGCCACCUCUGCCCUCUCAGCCGCCACCUGGUUACACCGUCCAGGAUCAGGAGCUCUAUCUACUCCUGGCUGCCCACUGGUGGAACCAACCAGAGGCACCGCUCUUUUGUUGAAGGGCAAUGCGAUAAUACGGCUCCUAGCAACGUAGAGUAGCAAUCGAGGUCUAAAUCUGUAGAAUCGAAGAGCGGAUUUCCUAGCAUUUUGUCUCUUCGUUCUGCGAAACGUUGGACAAGCAGUACGAAGACACGAUGCAAGAUGUUGUUCUUAUUCUCGCCGUCGAACGGAGCUUAGCGAGGACUCCAUUGCCAUUUCGAAAACAACACGUGAAAAACGAAGAGACCGUUUCACCUAUACGGACGAUCCCGUGACGAUGAUCGCCGGAUAUCUUGGCAAUCAUGGAAACGACAAUUGGCGUCGAUCUCUGGCAAGAAUCUAGCGGAGUUGCAAGAACUUGAUCUAAAGUCAAACUGUAUAUUAUAAUACGCGAGAUAGGUACCUGUCGCAUCUCCUACAUUAUGAUCUUUUGCGCUUUGUGAAGAAUGGUGUCUAAGAAAAAGACGCCCUCGAAAGUGAAAAGAUACUGAUCGAGGCUCGAAUAAGAUACGAUCGACUUCCCUUUCUACGACUUGCCGCGAGAAGAUUCAGUGAUCGAAGAACCCUGGUAUCACGAAUUUGUGCCAAAUUUAUGGGAUUUUCGGACGACGACGACGACGACGACGAUGAAGGAACGGGGGAAACGGCGGGGAAGGUGCUAUGCGUGGCUGUGAGUUGGAAAUUACGACACAAGAACAAGUAUUCUAAAUUAUUUAAAAAAAGAAAAUAAUUAUAGAUCACUCAGGGGAUGUCACAUCCAGUUGCAGACGUUCACGUUAUUUGCAUGAUUCUGUUUCCACGGUAGGUGCUAAAAACGAAAAAUUAUAACGAAUCGAUCGCGUGGCUUUGCGUUACCAGGAGCGUUUCUCAUGACUUACGGGAGAUCGUGUGAUUUAUUUGGAAACACAUUUUCUCCUAUACUUGAAUGUAUCUCCUCCCUAAUGAUAGAUUUCUUUUUCCCAAUGCUUGGUGCGGUUGCAUUAAAAAAGAAUUUUUCCGCUUUGAAAGAGAUUAACUGAAUUCCCCUCGUAGAUUAUCAUUUUACAUUCAAAAAAAUGUUAUUUGUUUAAAAGAAAAUACAUCACAUGGUUAUAUGUACAGGGUACAUCUCGCCGUUAUCACAUUGUCUCUUGA